AUGUCGUCUCCGGUGCCAGUGUUCUUCAUAUUCGCCAUCAUUCUCCUGGCGAUGGGGAUUGUGUGGUUUGUGACUCCAAAGGGCCCGAAUCAAACACUCAUCCGGACGAGCCUGAUGCUGACGCUUAUGUGCUGCUACCUGAUGUGGGCGGUGACUUACCUCGCGCAAGUAUAUCCGCUUGAGACACCACGGAAGGCAGUGGGCAAGGAGAUGUGA